AUGCAAGCCAUCCAGGCCCUCUACCGCACAUCCACCGUUGCAUCCCGAGCAGCAGCAAAAGCAGCUACGGCAGCUCCUACGAGACUAGCAUCCAUACAGAGGCACCUCUCUUCGACAGCUCGCGUCAUGGCUCCCAUCACCAAGGAGACUGACUACCUCGUUAUCGGCGGCGGUAGCGGCGGUCUCGCAUCUGCUCGCAAGGCCAGCGGGCAGUUCGGCGCAAAGGCUCUGAUCGUCGAGGGCUCAAGGCUGGGAGGAACCUGUGUGAACGUUGGCUGCGUCCCCAAGAAGGUCACCUUCAACGCCGCCGCGAUUGCCGAGACGAUCCACCAGGCCAAGGCCUACGGCUUUUCCGUCACCGAGACCGCACCUUUCGACUGGACCACCUUCAAGCAUAAGCGUGACGCUUACAUUAAGCGCCUCAACGGCAUUUAUGAGCGCAACCUCAGCAAUGAUAAAGUCGAGUACCUCCACGGCUGGGCCAAGCUGACGGGCCGCAAUGAAGCCGAAGUCACCCUCGACGAUGGCUCCAAGGCCGUUGUCAAGGCCAAGAAGAUCCUUAUCGCCGUCGGCGGCAACCCCACCUUUGCGCCCGACAUUCCCGGCGCCGAAUACGGCACCAACUCGGACGGCUUUUUCGAUAUCGACGUCCAGCCCAAGAAGGUUGCCCUCGUCGGCGCCGGCUACAUCGCCGUGGAGUUCGCCGGCAUGUUCAAUGCCCUGGGCUCCGACACUCACCUCUUCAUCCGUCACGAUACGUUCCUCCGUAACUUCGACCCCAUGAUCCAAGAAACCGUCACCAAGGAGUAUGAGCGGCUCGGCGUCAACCUGCACAAGCGCUCUCAACCCACAAAGGUCGAAAAGGACGCCAAUGGCAAGCUCACCAUCUACUACAAGGAUGCCAACGGCAACGAGACCUCCGAGUCCGGCUUCGACAACCUCAUCUGGGCCAUCGGCCGCACGCCCGCGACUAAGGACAUCGGCCUAGAGGAGAUUGGCCUGAAGCUCAACGAGACGGGCCACAUCCCCGUCGACGAGUACCAGAACACCAACAUUGAGAACAUUUACGCCUUGGGCGAUGUUACCGGCCAGGUCGAGCUGACCCCCGUCGCUAUCGCCGCCGGUCGCCGUCUGGCCGAGCGUCUGUUUGGAGGCCCCGAGUUCGCCAAGGCCCACCUCGACUACACCAACAUCCCCUCCGUCGUCUUCUCCCACCCCGAGGUCGGCAGCAUCGGCCUGACUGAGCCGCAAGCUAUUGAGAAGUACGGCAAAGAGAACAUCAAGAUCUACAAGACCAACUUCACCGCCAUGUACUACGCCAUGAUGGAUCCCGAAGACAAGGCACCCACCGCCUACAAGCUCGUAGUCGCGGGCCCUGAGGAGAAGGUCGUCGGUCUGCACAUUGCUGGUCUCGGCAGCGGAGAGAUGCUGCAGGGCUUUGGCGUCGCCGUCAAGAUGGGUGCGACCAAGAAGGAUUUCGACAGCUGCGUUGCCAUUCAUCCGACUAGCGCCGAAGAAUUGGUCACCUUGAAAUAG